GGAGGUCGACGGCGGAACGCGUCGCUCCGCGUCCCCGGCUGCGCUGGUCUCGCGCUACCUCUCGCGGCGCUCGUCCCGGGCUCGCGGCGGAUCCCGCGUUCGACCCGGCUCCGCGGCGGCCUGGCCAAUGGCACCUCAGAGGAGGGGCGCUCCCAAGGCGCCCGAGGGCAGCGGGGCAGCGGAGCGCCGACGCCCGAGCAGCACCAAGAGUGUCCGGGCACCUCGGGAUGUGUGGAAGAAGUGGCUGAGAGUUGCCGUCCUGGGGGCCUGCACCACGCUCGUCGCGCUCCUGCUCUGGGGCAGUCUGGGGGGUGAUGACAGCAUCACUGAGGUCCUAGCUCAUCGAAGUGAGGUCCUGCCAGGCAGGUUCAUCGAGGUGCCCUGCUCCGAGGACUAUGACAGUCACCAAAGGUUUGAAGGCUGCUCCCCGAGGAAGUGUGGCCGGGGCGUCAGCGAUGCCAUCAUCACCAGGGACGAAGCCCGGAGGAUUCGCAGCAUAGCCGAGAAGGGGCUGUCCCUGGGAGGAUCUGACGGAGGGGCGUCUAUCCUGGACCUGCACUCGGGGGCCUUGUCUGUCGGGAAGCACUUUGUGAACCUGUACAGAUACUUUGGGGAUAAAAUACAAACUAUCUUCUCAGAAGAGGACUUCCAGUUGUACCGGGACCUGCGGCAGAAGGUCCAGCUGGCAAUCGCCCAGGCAUUUGGCAUCAGCGCGUCCUUGCUGCACCUGACGAAGCCCACCUUCUUCUCCCGCAUCAACAGCACGGCGGCCCGCACGGCUCAUGACGAGUACUGGCACGCGCACGUGGACAAGACGCAGAGCUGUCUCCACCUGAGCUGUGAGCUUCGUCGGAUGUCACCUGACCCGGCCUUGAUUGACCUGGCCUUUCUGUCGUGUGGUCUCCCCUCGGGCCUGCGUCCCGCACCCUGCCCAGGAGGCCCCCUUCUCCCCACUUUUCACCUCUUCUUGGGAAGAUCUCUCGACCACUCCAGAUUCUGCAGAUUCCCCUUCCUUGGUCUCUUGUUGUUCCCUAGACACAGUGGCACCUAAUCAGUCAGGGGCCCUGACCAGCCACAGCUGGAGCCCUGUCCCGCCUGCACCGCAGCCACUGCCCUGCCCCACUCUGCCAGCACACGCAGCGUGGCGCCAGGGGACAGUUGGCCGCGGAAACGUCUGAGGGCUGUUGGCGGUCACCCCAGCCGCGGGUGUGCUCAGGUGACCCAGAUAAUCUCUGUGUCGCUUGACCCUGGAACAAAGGAAGCGAAGUGAAAAAUAAGCAGAGGGUUUGGGCAGAAGCUCGCAGACUGGGCUUCUGCCUGAAACUCAGUCAGACAUUCAUGUGUUUAUAAUAAUCUCCACUGAGCUCGAUGGAGGAGGGGAGCACUUAAAUGUGGUUAGUGAGAUUGAGGAACCCAGUAUUUAAUUAAAUUAACUUAAAUUGAAGUAGCUUUAUGUGGCCAGUGGCUUGUCUGAGCCAGUGCAGCUCGCAGGGCUCGAUGGAGCUCGGGUUGGAAGUGUGGGCUUCACCCUAAGGAGGCGUACAGGGUGUGCUUGUUCUCUUCCCGUGGGCUUAAGGUUGAUCAGUGGGUUCGGACUGAUCCAUCCACGAUCAAGCUUCCUGUCCGCCCUCACUUCAUGGCUCUAGCAGCCAUUGACCCAUUGAUAACCAUUGCCCAGGUGCAUUAUUUCAUUAGGGGACCAGGACCGAGACCUUCAGUAUAAGAUCGUCGUAGAUAUCGCAGAGGGAAAAACAGGGUUUUAUGGGGUUGAGGGCAAAGACGACGUGUGUGGAGGACAGACGGGUUUGCACAGCAAGGAGCCUCAUGCGUGGGACGGAGUCCAGAGAAUUUCCGUGCAACGAAGGAAGAGCAGCCUUCCAUGUACCGGGAAGUGUGGGUUCAGGAAAGACAACACUGAAUGUAGCCUGGUUUGGUGAUCCAACUUCAAAGGAAGAAAGAUAAGGAAGAAAUUCUUCAGGCAGAGAAAACGAGUCAACAGUGACAAGUGGGGUAGCCUCAGACAUCUCAGAGCCAGGAGGCCUCGGGACAGGGUCUACAGGACCAGGGUGGCUAUCACAGCCAAGGGGUCACUCACACAUGGACACAGCAAAGAGACAUCCUCGCACGAGGGGACUCCAUGCAUCUGCUCCUUGCCUUGAAGCUCUCCAGCCUCUAGGUCAGGACAGCUCAGGCCCUGCCGGCCUCUGCCAUCCUCAUCACCUGCCAUAACCUGCCUCCUUCCCAGGUCACUGUGUUCAUGUGGGUUUGGGGUGGUUCCUUUGCAGAAUCUGAGCUGGGUGGGUAGGAGAGGGUCAGGCUCCUGGACACCCCCCGCCCCCAGGUUUCUUUUAUGUUUUAUGCAGGUAGUGGACAUGAGGUUCACUGCUGAAGCGAUUCAGAAGCACUGCCUUGGGCUGUUCUCAGGUUUAGGUCACUUUGAUGUUUGUUUGGUGCCCUGAUGCUGGAUAAGGGGCCCCUAAAUGGGGUCUUGGUGGGGGAGGUGGAGGGAGCUCAGGUCUGUGUAGAAAGUCCAGUCCCACAGAUGACGUGGUACUGAGUUCAUGAGAAGGUGACGGGGACUCAGUCACCUUGGCAGGCUUGCUGCCUCUCCCUCCUGGUCAGCCUACCCUCUCUCAGGAGAUGACCACUGUCAUGGUGAUGGUGGUCUAGCUGCUUGCAGGGGGAACGGGGCUUUUGGACUUUUUGAGCCUUGAUCAAAUGUGUUAUGGAUAUUGACCUGGGGCUUCUGUGUACUGCUCCCAUGGUGCCUACAGGUGUCAGUAAAAUCAUUUAAGAAUCUAUCCUUAAACACAGCAGCUCAGAUAACAGGAGCCUGGGGCUGUGUGAUAGGGAUAGGGCACUGGUAGGAUGACUUUGGGUUGCUGUCCUUGGACUCUUUCAUUCUUCCUUAUCUCUUACCCCAGUCUUGCUAAUUGAAUGAUUCCUCAGGCUGGGAGCUGUUAUCAUGUGAUUAAAAUUCCUUGUACA